CUGUUAUGCUACUGCGCACUAUAUUUAGACGGUGAUCACACAGUAUACGUAUAGUUCACGACAAUAUUCCGAAAGAUUUCGUCGGGUUGAAGUUCAAUUUUGAAGCAUAAUAUGUGCAGCCUCUUACGAUUUUUGUCUUCAUGCAUGCAUGCACAUCGGCUGCUUCCGAGGAUUGAUUUCCGUUGAUUAUUUCAGCUACAAAGCGAUCUUAGUAUAUCUCUACUGCUUUACCAGGGAACGAGUAACAAGUGGUGUCCAGACAGUCGAGGUAUAGCCUAACUCAUUUGCUUUCAAGAUUUUGGAGUCUACAAAGCCGCAACAUGGAGCUCAUAAAGAAACGUCUACAGGAUAAUGGCAUUACCUCGGUUCGUUUCGAACAAUCUGACAUGUAUGGGAUCCCACAUUGCAGAUCCAUUCCAACCAGGCAUUUCGAAAGGAUGGCAACGAAGGGAGUUAACAUCUCCAUGGGUUUUAUGGCUUUCGACCCCAAGGGCCAAGUCGCCAAGAACACUGGAUAUGGAGAGGAGAUUCACAACGCUGAUUGCCUCGCCUUUCCAGACCUGGAUACCUUUCAGAUCUUGCCUUGGUGUACGAAGACGGCUAGGGUCUUGAUAGAAGGGGUUUACAAUGGUGAGAAGGUGGCUGUCUACCCAAGGGUUGUGGCUAGACGACAGUUAGAAAGGCUGGAGAAACACGGGUUGUCGCUUUGGUCGGCGCACGAGCACGAGUUCUUUGUGGUCAAAGAAGACACCCUGAAACCGUUGCAUGAUCAGACAAAUGCCAUUGCGGUUAUUCCCAUGGCCGCGUACGAGUCGUUUUUCCAGCAGAUACUCAAUGACCUACCUCAGGCUGGUGUUGACGUUGAAUGCUACGGUGUUGAAUCCGGGCAGUCACAACUGGAAAUCACCUACCGCCCAGAGUUUGGGAUCAAAGCUGCCGACACUGCUCACACGUACAAGCUGGGUAUCAAGGAGAUUGCGCUGAAGCACGGAUUAGUGGCAACGUUCAUGUCAAAACCAUGGCCGGACGUAGCUGGUAGUUCAGCACAUUUCUGCCACUCGCUCUGGGACGUUGACGGGAAGGUGUCCAAGCUCUAUGAUGCUGGAAGCCCGACUGGGUUGUCGGAGAUUGGGCAACACUGGGUGGCUGGACUCCUUGCUCACGCCCGAGCCAUAGCCGUGCUGAUGGCACCAACAACCAACUGCCUCAAGAGAUUCAAGCGGCAUUCUUUUGCUCCUUGGAACGCCACAUGGGGUCCCGACAACCGAACCUGCGCCAUCCGCGUCAAGGCAAACGGCAAAACUGGCACAUACGUCGAGAACCGGAUGGGAGCCAGUGCAUGCAGUCCUUACAUCAGCAUGGCUGCGACUAUUGCAGCAGGUUUAGACGGUAUCAUCAACAAACUCCCGCUUCCAGAAGGCAUCGAUGGAGCAGGGGAUGCAUACGAGGAGGAAUACAUCCCACCCGGGACACAGACGCUACCGGACAACAUGGAAGAAGCCAUUGAUGCCUUGCUCUCUGACGAUGCUAUCACUGCGGCCCUUGGACCAGAGUUUAUCAAGUGCUUCGUUGCUACUAAAAGGCAUGAAGUGAAACUAGAAAAGGAGGCCAUUUCAAAAGGAACAGUUGAGGAGUGGGAGAGAGAUUACCUCUUUUUCAUUAUGUAAGAAGAGUGUCCAGUCGGUCUUUUGAACCAAUACCCUUUUAAAGUUAUAUUAUGUGUAUCCUUUAAAAGCAAGUUAGACGACGAUUCUUAGUAUCCUUUAUCAUAUAGUUUUAGUGUGUACUGUCAAUCAAAGGGAUAUUGCUGUUUUUCUCAGCAAUCGUUUUUUACAUGUAUUAUACAGCUCAAAUCAUUUGGUUUGAAUUUCAAUGUCAUAUAGUUUGCUCAGGCGUAACGUGAUGAUCACAGGUCAGAACUACCUCGACUACUUACAUGUUAAUAGACUUUCAAACGGUACCGUCAGAUGAUAAAACUAACGAUGCCAAUAAUAAUAUAGGUUUUCUCGGCCAAUUUCGCACUUCAUUAAAUUUAGCGCAAACACCAUUUUCGGUUGGGACUGUCAUUCAAAAAUGCACUUCAAUCAUUCAGUUUAGAGUAUCGGACAAGGAAUUUCGCACUUUUAUCAUUUUUAUUCAUUCCGUUUAGUGCGUGUGUCAAGAUUCAUUCGAAUUCAUUGACAAUUGCGAGAAGGUGAUCUCGGGCAUUCAAAUUCGCGAAUGGGCAGUCAAUUUGGUAACAUGUUCAUUUAAAGUAACAUGUAUAUUGUUUAUGCAGGCCCUAUCUAUUUGUUCUUCUUUAGUUCCCUAGAAAUUAACUGAUAUUGAUUUAUCCCGUUCCAUUUGCAUUGUUGAUAUCAGACGCAUUUUAAUCAUUGAUUUAAAAAAAAAAAAAAAAUCGACUUAAAUAUCCAUAAAUUAAAAUGAAAUAUAUAGACCAUACAGUAUUACAAUAUAUAAUAGAACAAAUGAAUUAUACAAGUAACAGAUACUGGUAAGUAUCUACGAAACAAAAUAAGUUUACAGAGUACAUUUAAGUUUUAGAAUAAGACAAAAUGUAUUAACUGAGAGGGGGAGAGAAUCUCAGCCAUGCUAGGUUUGUUGAGCGAGAUGAAUUAAGUUCUUGUAAAUGUAUUUUAUGUAUCCCUAUUUUCUUCACCUCUCAAAGCUAUAUUACAUCAGAUACCCGAAAUAUUGUUUGCCAAGUACUUGAAAACAGCUACAGUGUAUUAAUUGAUAAAGAAAUUUAACCCAUGAGUGGUAAAUAGAUCAAUCAAAAAUGUUUAAAGUCCAUUUAGUGUCUGUACAACAAUCUACAAAUCAUUCCUGUUUGGUAAAUGUUAAAUACUACGGUGUGUUCUAGGCAACCUGUUGUGCUGGCGCGUUUCCUUGACGUCUAUAUAUCCACGUUUUUUUCUUUUUCUUUCCAGGCAGGAAAAUAAAUCUGAAUUCUUUUUUAGUACAUUUUAUAUGAUGUCAUCGUAUUGUACCAAAUAUACAAUCUUUGUAUCUAGUAUCUUCUAUGCUUGUCUUUAACUUUAAAAACAAUUAUACUUAAUAAUCUGAUUGGUAUCAUUUAAAUCAAGUUCUUGACUUAUUAUAUAUUGCAGAAUAUUUUUUUUAAAAAUAUAAAUCAGCUUUAUACAUCAGCUUCUUAGUAGUUGAAUCCUUUUUUUGUUCUAGCAAUCACUCUUAUCUUAGAUAUAAUUUUGAUUUGGAUAUUUUUGGAGUAAUAAUGCUACAAAUGUUGUUUUUGUAACGUGUUUAUGUAAUAGCAUCUUUUUCAUUUUCUUUCGUAGUUUGUUCAAAGCGUAAAGAUUUGUGAUAGUGUGUAUAACAGUUCUAAUGUUGCCUUUUUUUUCGUUUGUAAAUUAUGUCUUAAUAUCUUUCGUAAUCAUUUAUGUGUACAGUGUUUAUGUACACGGGGCUCCGCCGUGAUGUGAAAUAGUUUUUAAAAUAUGAGUGAAAGAAAAAAAAUGUAUGCGGUGUGGGAGUGGGCGUGUGUAUAGGUAUGUGGACCUACACAUACGUAUAAUAUAGUAUACAUGCGUAAUGUGCUGCAUGGUUUGCAUGUACAAUGAUUAUGAGAAUUCCGUCUAAUUACUUUUUUGCUACAUUAAUCUGGUAUUUUCUGUAUU